GGCGGGCACGCAAACUCGACCAUUGUUCGUCAAUUCUCGAGCGUUACGCGAAAAGCGGUAAACGACGAGGACGCGGCUCCUCGUGAGCGAGAGAGUUAGAGGAAAAGACGAUUAAGAACGGUAACGAGCGAUUCGGGCAGAGCGGCUCGAGGCCUCGAGCAACCUCGACGAAGAAAGACGACUCAGUCGACGAGCAUGAUUUCCGUGCGCGGAAGCGUCCGUCUGCUGCUCGUACUGUCGACCGCGACGUCCACGACGACGACGUCUCGCGAUUGUUCGAAGCGAACGAGCGCGACGGACGGCGUCGCGUAUCCCACGAACGGAAACGAGGUCACCGCGUCUAUCCUCGAGGAACUCGAGAACCGUUUGUCUCGUCUAGAGAGAAGGCUGCGGGCCGUCGAGCAACCUGUUUGGCAAAUGGGCACCGCCGAGGAGGACUGGGAGAUUUGCGCGGAGGGACCGUGCCGGUGUCAACCGGAAACCAAAUCGGUAUCCUGUUGGAGGCAAAAUUUGCUGGAUCUUCCCGCGGCUCAGCUCGUUCCCAGAGACGUGUUGAAAUUGGAUCUAGGAGGAAAUCGGUUGACAGCGCUGCACAAGGACACGUUUUUAGACAUGACGCGACUGAAUCAUCUAGAUCUCGGCGACAAUUCGAUCGAACACCUGCCUCUGAACUUGUUUUUCUCGCUGCACGCGGUCACGCGACUCAGGUUGAGCAAAAAUCUGCUCAGGGAGUUGCAUCGAUCUCAGUUUAUCAGCACGCGAAAUCUUCGCAUUCUCGACGCGUCCUCCAACAGGUUGCGAACCCUGCCGGACAGCCUCUUCCUGAGCACCACCUCGCUGGCGGUGCUCGAUCUGUCUCGCAAUCGGAUCUCGAGCUUGAUUCCGGGCACUUUCCGCGGGCUGACCGCGCUGGAGGAGCUGUCGCUGGGCAAGAACCGACUCUCGAGCAUUCCGUCCGACAUGUUCGACGAUCUGACGAGCCUGAAAUUCCUCGGCCUGGAGGAGAAUCGUCUGAGGGAGCUACCGGACGGGUUGUUUCGAGCGCAGACGACGCUGCGCGAGUUGAACGCGAGGAGCAAUCAGUUGACCGAAAUAUCCGGCAGUCUGUUGAAUCCCCUCGAACAGCUACGCUCUCUCGAGAUGUCCAGCAACAAAAUAGCUCGGAUCGAUACGACCGCGUUUCGAGGGUUGAUCGCGUUGAAGGAGCUGCAACUGGGACACAAUCGAAUAGGGAACUUGACGCCCGGGACGUUCUCGAAGUCGGGCAGCUUGGAGCGUCUGGUGUUGUACGCGAACGGAAUCGAGAGUUUACCUCGCGGCGCUUUCCAAGGUCUCUUCAACUUGACGUCGCUGUUCUUGCACUCGAAUCGCUUGAGAAUCAUGCACCCCGAGCUGUUCCACGACACGCCGAAUCUGCGAAAGCUGCAGCUGGAAUCGAAUUAUCUGUCGUCGUUGCCUGCCCGAAUUCUGGACGCGGUGCCGUACAUCGAGCAACUGCGUCUGGCUCGAAAUCCCUGGCACUGCGACUGCGCGGCGGCUUACCUGGCUACCUGGCUGCAAAAGAGGUACUUGGCGCAAACGAACGGCACGGCGGUUCGGCCGAUGGACAAUUUCGGAGUUUGGGAAUUCGGAGGCGGAGCGGUGUGCAGAGGACCCGGAACGCUGGGUGGUAAACCGUUGUUGCGUUUGACAUUUCACGAGCUCUGCGAGGGUCAGUGGGCCUCGAUGAAGGGCUUAGUCCCUCGACUACCGGUCGAUCUCGUCGGGUCCGGUGGUCGCGUCACCACGGACGCUCCGUCCUCGAAACAGCCCGUCUCGGUCAAACGUCGAUGAACCUUCCACGGAAAAGGCUAUCGCGUUCGAUAUCAAAAUGCAAAUACUCCAACAAGCUUCGGUCCGCUCAG